AUGGGUGGCGCAGCGCUCUCCGCGGCGCUGCUGCUGGCCGGGGCCGCCUGCGCGGCCGCCGUCUACACGGACGAGUUCGCGCUGUGCGUGGACGGGCAGGGCGAGGCGCACGCCCGCCGCGUGGCGCAGAAGCAUGGCUUCGAGCUGCUGCAUCAGGUGACGUUUGUGGAGCAGCAGAGGGUGCGGCGGCGAACGAAGAGGGACCUGCUACGGCCCGAGCGGGCGCCCCGAUACCGCUCAACGUACCUCAAUGACCCGCACUGGCCACAGAUGUGGUACCUGAACCGCGGCGCCGGCCUCGACAUGAACGUGCAGGGGGCGUGGUCGCAGGGCGUGACCGGCCGUGGCGUGGUGGUCACAAUACUGGACGACGGCCUGGAGAAGGACCAUCCCGACCUCAUAGACAACUACGACCCGAUGGCCAGUUACGACGUCAACAGCCGCGACACGGACCCGCAGCCGCGCUACGACCUCAACGACAGCAACCGGCACGGCACGCGCUGCGCCGGCGAGGUGGCCGGCGGCGCCAACAACUCGCUGUGCGCCGUCGGCGUCGCCUUCGAGGCCAACAUCGGCGGUGUGCGGAUGUUGGACGGCGAGGUGACGGACGCGGUGGAGGCGCGCUCGCUCAGCCUGAACCAGCAGCACAUCGACGUGUACAGCGCCAGCUGGGGACCGGACGACGACGGCGAGACGGUCGACGGGCCCGGCGAGCUGGCCAGGCGCGCCUUCAAGGAGGGCAUCAUCAACGGCCGUGGCGGCAAGGGCUCCAUCUUCGUCUGGGCCUCGGGCAACGGCGGCCGCGAGCGCGACAACUGCAACUGCGACGGCUACACCAACAGCCUGUGGACGCUGAGCAUCAGCAGCGCCACCGAGAACGGCCACGUGCCCUGGUACUCGGAGGCGUGCAGCUCGACGCUGGCCACCACCUACAGCUCCGGCUCGGGCCUCGAGAAGCAGAUCGUGACCACGGACCUGCACCGCGGCUGCACCACCACCCACACGGGCACCUCGGCCUCGGCGCCGCUGGCGGCCGGCAUCUGCGCACUCGCCCUGCAGGUGAACGAGCGGCUGACUUGGCGCGACAUGCAGCACAUCGUGGUGCGCACGGCGCGCCGCGCCAACCUGCAGGCGCCCGACUGGGUCACCAACGGCGUCGGCCGCAACGUGAGCCAUUCGUUCGGCUACGGCCUGAUGGACGCCACGGCCAUGGUGAACCUGGCGCGCCGCUGGACGCCCGUGCCCGAACAGCACAAGUGUGAGACGCCCUCCAGCCACGUCGACAAGCUGGUGCCCGCCUCACAGCUGGUGCCGCCUCACAGUAUGGUGGUGCUGACGCUGACGGUGGCCCAGUGUCCUAGCGUCAAGUACAUGGAGCACGUGCAGGCCCGCAUCAGCCUGGAGGGCCACGCGGAGUGGCCGUUCAUGACGACCCACAACUGGGACGAGUCGCCGCUGGGCACCUGGUCGCUGAAGAUCCACAACGACGGCCGCUACUCAGCACCCGCCGCCGGCGGCGCCCCUGUCCGCCCGUCGUACGCCCGGCGUCGGUGA